AUGGUAAACAAUACAGAGUACUACAAGGUACUGGGUAUCAACAAAGAUGCUACCGAGGCAGAUAUCAAGAAAGCUUAUAAGAAAGAAUCUCUCAAAUGGCAUCCAGAUCGGAAUAUAGACAAAAGAGCAAUGGCGGAGGAGAAGUUCAAGAAGCUCGGUGAAGCCUACGAAGUCCUUUCCGAUCCCAACAAGCGCGAGAUCUACGACCAACUAGGGGAGGAAGGACUGAAAGGUGGUGGCGGUGGUGCCGGACCGGGGGGUGGUGCUGGUUUCUCUGGGUUCCCAGGUGGAGGAAGCGGGGGAUCAUAUCAUUUCCAAGCACACGACCCGAACGAUAUAUUCAACGCGUUCUUCGGCGGCGGUAUGGGCGGAAAUGGAGGUACAGAAGAUUUCUUCACGAACAUCUCAUCUGGAGGCACUGGUAGACCAAGUGGCCGUCGAGCUCGUAUGGGCGGGAUGGGCGGGAUGGGCGGGAUGGGAGGUAUGGGUGGUAUGCCAGGAGGCUUCGACAUGGGUGGAGGUUCCGCUGUCGCACCGCCACCCCCUGGGGAGGUCAUCAAACCUUUGGCAUUGACGUUGGAGGAGUUGUACAAGGGAGGGACGAAAAAACUAAAGCUUACGAAGCAUACGAGGACGGGUGGACAGGAGGAGAAGAUCUUAGAGGUGGCUUAUAAGGCUGGGUGGAAGAAGGGCACGAAGAUCAAGUUUGCUGGUGCGGGAAACGAAGAUGAACAUGGACAAUCUCAAACCGUUACAUUCGUAGUGGAAGAGAAGAAACAUACUCGAUUCGAAAGAGUGGACGACGAUCUUGUCAUAAAACUCAAUAUCACCCUCAGUCAGGCGUUACUGGGACCGGAUGGAGGUGGGCCUAUCGUCAAGGAAGUUGAACAAUUGGACGGGAGGAGGAUCAAGGUGACUUUGCCAGAGGGGCAAAUCGUCCAACCAGGACAAGAAACCAGAAUUACAGGAGAGGGAAUGCCGGUCUCUAAAGCUUCCUCAGCCAAACGAAAAGGAGACCUGGUCGUACGGUGGAACGUCGUCUUCCCUACUCGACUCACACCGCAACAGAAGCAGGCUUUACGUGCUGUUUUAGGAUGA